CUCGAAUCUAAGGAGUAAGUGGAGAUGGCGGCGGCUGCGGCUGGUAGAGUGGUUGGGGCAAAGCUGGGUCUGUGUGAGAUUCGCAUCCACUUAUGUCAGCGCUCGCCCGGCAGCCAGGGUGUGAGGGACUUCAUUGAAAAACGCUAUGUGGAACUCAAGAAGGCGAACCCUGACCUUCCCAUUCUAAUCCGCGAAUGUUCCGAUGUUCAACCCAAACUGUGGGCCCGCUACGCAUUUGGUGAAGAAAAGAAUGUCUCCUUGAACAACUUCAGUGCUGAUCAGGUAACCAGAGCCCUGGAAAAUGUAUUAAGUGGCAAAGCUUGAAGCCUUCACUGAGGAUUGUUAUGACCAAGAGCCCCAGAACCUGGGUUCUGCUGGACAGUACAAUGGGAAAAUGUGUUCUCUUGCUUAUAAAGCUUGUGCUAUAAAAU